GCGCCUCCUCCGGCAUGGCGAGGAGAUCACCUUCUCCGACCUCUCGUUAAAGCUCUUCAGCGACACUAUUGGUCAGGUCGCCUUUGGUGUGGACUUCGGCCUCACCAAAGGCACCACCUCUCCACCACCGAAACACCAUGUCGAUUGUGCUGAGACUGUCGACAUGACAACGGAUUUCAUCGAAAAGCACUUCUACGCCACGACGUCCCUCAAGAUGGACCUGUCAGGCUCCGUGUCCAUCAUCCUUGGCAUGCUCGUGCCGUUGCUACAGGAACCCGUGAGGCAGCUCCUGCUGCGUAUGCCGGGCUCAAAAGACCGCCGGAUGGAAGAGACCAACUUGGCCAUGAGUGGGCUACUAGACAACAUUGUGGCUGAGCGGGCGGCACAAGCUGACAGGGGGGAGAAGAACUUCCUGUCUGUGAUGCUUAAUGCAAGCGAGAGCACAGACGCAAUGAGGAAGUUGUUGACGCAAGACUACGUGAGCGCACUUACAUACGAGCACUUACUUGCAGGGUCGGUGACCAUGUCCUUCACGUUGUCAAGCCUGGUGUACCUUGUGGCGAUGUACCCCGAGGUAGAGGAGAAGCUACUCAAGGAGAUCGACGCUUUUGGGCCCAAAGAUGUGGUACCCAAUGUUGAGGACAUCCAGACCAAAUUCCCUUACAUGGAGCAGGUUUUGAAAGAGACGAUGAGAUUCUACACUGUGUCCCCUCUGAUUGCAAGGGAAGCAUCCGAGGAUGUCCAGAUUGGAGGCUAUGUCCUUCCUAAGGGUACUUGGGUGUGGCUAGCACCAGGCGUACUAGCAAAAGACCCAAAGCAGUUCCCAGACCCCGACGUGUUUCGGCCUGAGCGGUUUGACCCUGAGAGCGAGGAAUGCAAGCGAAGGCAUCCCUAUGCAUUCAUUCCCUUUGGUAUUGGACCCCGGGCAUGCAUUGGGCAGAAGUUCGCGUUCCAGCAGCUCAAGCUCGUCAUUCUCCACCUCUACCGCCACCACGUCUUCAGGCACUCGCCCAACAUGGAAUUCCCGCUGCAGUUCCAGUAUUCCAUCUUGGUCAACUUCAAGCAUGGUGUCAAGCUCCAGGUCAUCGAAAGGAAGACUUGAUAUGUGUCUAGCAAGUAGCAACUCUAUCUAAAUAUCAUGGAUAUGUGUUCUUAUAAAAAAAAUGUGAAUUUAUGAAAUAUGUACAUGCUAUUUUGUACAACAUACAUGAAGAUUGUGUAAUGUGUGUAACCUUGUUCUUAUAUAUUGAAUAAAAGCUGAUGCAUGUCGUUGUUUU